AGAGACUUGUCGACAACAUCCCUGCCGUUUUUUGUACAAUUUCGUCCAACAUGUGAGGAUUUACUUAUCAAAAAAUGGCCGCAGCAACAUAGAACGGCAGUUCUGUAGGACUAUCCAUCGAAUUGUGGUUUGUAACUGUGUUUCAGUGUUGUUAGAGUACGUUUAAAAUUGAUUAAAUCGCCGUCGCAAGACUUCGGUUGUCCGCCGUCGGAUCUCCAGCGAGUACACGGGUGUUCACUCGGCGGUCGUCUGCUGCACGUUCGAUGUUCCCGUGAUGGGUUUGUGUACGCUUUGUGGACCUAGCGGUGUGGCACCACACCGGACUAUGGCCCGUUUCAUGUUCCUGUGGUGCUUGGUGUAUGCCUUCUUUCCUGGAUCCCUUGGGGCUACUUUCACGGUACACAUAUCCCACAUGACAUUACCAAAAACGCCGAUAUUUAAUGCAAGUUUCGGAGAUGGACAUCAUUGGUUGUACAGCAUUCCUCCAGCACUUAUUUCAAAACAAGCAAGACAUCUCGUCAGACUUGAUCAAAGCACUGGGAUCUUGACUUUACACAAAGAUAUAAAUUGCACAACUUUGCAUGAAAAUCCAUUCCUCUUACACAUUGAAGCCCGAAGAAGUAGGACUACUUUGUCGUUAUUUGACAAUGGCCCAUUGGAGGUUUUCGUGCAGUUGCCCGUCACGGUACAUAUUCAUGGCGGGCAUUGUAAAUUGAAGCACACGAAACAGGAGAAACACAAAGAAAAAGACAAACAUAUAAAUGAAAAUGUUGUCCUGGAUCAUAACAAACAGAUCAUCGUAAUGGAUUUUCCUACCGGAUCAUGUUGGAAUACAGAGGAAGUAAUACUUUCAAUGAAAGACUUCCUACCAAGCUCUGCUUCCCAUUGCCAUGUUGACUACACACUGAAUAAGCAUAAGUCGGAGCACAGUGCGUUAUCGUUGAAUGAAAGCAGCAGUGAUCUGGUGUCAUCUAAGAGUACCCUUUGCCUGCACAGACCCAAUGAAGAACAUGUGUUUGUUACUCUGCAAUUUGCAGCCCCUUGUAUGCACUAUUAUCAUCAUCGACGCCGUGACUCCGAGACUGGGCUGCGGAUUAACCUACAACUUGAUCUGCGAGCAGUUGGGACAAGUAUGUUUCCAAGAGCAGCAGCAGCAGAAAGAGCUGAGUCAGGUACCAGUGCUGUGAGAUCACGCAGGCAAGCACGCCGCAAUCGCACCCCGAACUUUCCCCAAGUAAUGUACAUGGUGAACGUUCCCGAGGAGCAGCCCAUCGGAUAUAUUCUGUUGACGAUCACUGCUACAGACUCGGACUCUGGAGAAGCAGGACGGAUUACGUAUUCAAUGGUGGCAGAACGGGAUGGUAGAAGUCAGAACAUGUUCAGUAUAGACCCGGAGAGUGGAACUGUAACGACGACACAAGUAUUAGACAGGGAGAGUAUUGAAGAGCAUUUCUUCCAAAUCACCGGCACCGACCAUGGAUCACCUCCAAGAAGCACAACCGCCUUCCUCCAAAUCACAAUUGAUGAUUUAAAUGACCACAGGCCUGAUUUUGAACAGACUGAGUACCAUAUUCAAAUCGAGGAAAACGAACCGGCUGGAACAACGUUACAUGAGGUACACGCGAGCGAUGGAGAUAUUGGAUCUAACUCAGAUGUUCGUUACAGCAUCAUGAAUCUAGAUCCCCCAAAUGAUGCAUUCAAUAUCAACGCCCGUUCAGGAAUCAUUACAACCCGUGCAAGACUUGACCGUGAAACAGUCAGUAAUUAUGAUCUACUUGUCCUAGCCAGAGAUCUUGGCACUAACCCAGGUUCGCUCAAUACAACUACUCGGGUAUUGGUGACUGUCAUGGAUGAGAACGACAACUACCCUCAAUUCCAGAAGCGCAUCUUUGAAGUUUCCAUUGCUGAGGAUUCCCCUCGCAACGUCAUGAUUGAGACAAUAACUGCAACAGACCGGGAUGAGGGCUCCAAUGCCGAAAUCCGCUAUAGUAUGGUGGGUGGUCAGGGUCACUUCAAUAUUGAUACCUACAAUGGAGAGAUUAUGCUGACUUCCGAUUUAGAUUAUGAGAACACCCAGGCCUAUCAGUUAGUCAUACGAGCACAGGACAGUGGUCGCUCGGCACGUUCCAACUCCACGCGAGUCAUAGUGAAUGUUGAAGAUGUUAAUGAUAACUAUCCGCGAUUUCCAACCACCCUGUAUCAGACCUCGGUGAGAGAGGAUGCUCGAGUUGAUUUUUCUGUCAUAACCCUGAAUGCUUUUGAUGGUGAUUCUGGUGAAUUUGCCCGCAUCACUUACAGCAUUCAAGAACCAGACCCGACUCUACCCUUCACUAUAAAUCCAGACAAUGGUUUGAUCACAACAUCCAUGAGGCUAGACAGAGAAGUAUCCCCACUAUAUGAGUUUACAGUCGUUGCAAGUGAUCAAGGCGUUCCGCCCAAAACAGCGACCUCUGAAGUAGCCGUAUCAAUUACCGAUGUCAAUGAUAAUGCCCCUGUGUUCACCCAAAACGAAUAUUACGGUCGGGUUGAUGAAGAUGCUUCACCAGGGCUCACAGUUGUGACAGUAUCCGCAGACGACCCCGAUGUUGGUAACAGCGUCUCUUACCAGUUAACAGCAGGCAACACUCGGAAUCGCUUCAGUAUUAUCAGCCAGAACAACCGUGGAAUGAUUUCAGUGGCCCUACCACUGGACUACAAACAAGAACCACGUUUCGUCUUGACCGUAACUGCAUCCGAUAAUGAAUUCUCUAGUAUGUGUCGCGUGUUCAUCAACAUUACAGACGCCAACACAUAUCGCCCAGUGUUUGACCAAUCUCCAUACAGAGCAGAAGUGAGAGAAGAUGCCCUAGCCGGUUUCGUUGCAGUCCAGGUUCAUGCCACUGAUGGAGAUGUCGGGGAAAAUGCCAGGAUAACAUAUUCAAUGGAUAACAUAGCAAGUUUUGAAAUCGACCCGGAUACUGGAGAGAUUAAAACGCGUGGAUUGCUUGACCGUGAGACAACGUCAAGCUAUACAAUCCAUGUGACUGCUACGGAUCAUGGAAUGGAACCACAGCUUGAUACCACAGAAGUUGAGAUCUUUCUUAUUGAUGUUAACGACAACCCGCCCAUCUUCACUGAAGAUUCUUACUCCAAAGAGAUAAGUGAGAGUGUCAGUCCACAGUACAUGGUCAUACAGAUUGAGGCAGAUGAUGCUGAUGAAGGCACCAACAGUCAGAUAUCAUACACCUUCAACAAUGGCGAUGAUGGCAACGGGGCUUUUGUCAUCGACGAAACUUCAGGUGUCAUCCGUACAGCGAUCAGACUGGAUCGUGAAGCAAAGUCAGAAUACCAUCUGGUCGCCUAUGCUGUGGAUGGUGGUCGUCCCGUUCACCGUCAAUCCGUACAGAUCACAGUGACGCUGGAAGAUGAAAAUGACAACCCGCCCGAGUUCUCUCGAGAUGAAAUAGACGUGUACAUUGAGGAGAACCGUAACCCGGGCGAGCUGGUGUCCACCAUUGUUGCGAUUGAUCCUGACGAGGGCUACAAUGCUCUGAUCCACUACUCCCUGAUCGACGGAGAUCUCGACUACUUUGAGAUUGAUAGUCGGUCCGGGGAGCUCACCACCCUCAUUGAGCUUGACUAUGAAGCUAAGAACGAAUACAGCGUCACGGUUAAGGCCACGUCCACCCCGUUCUUUAACCUAGCCAAGGUGAACAUCCAUGUGCUGGACCAGAACGACAACAGCCCAAUUCUGGAAGACUUUGAUAUCUACUUUAAUAACUAUGAGGGCCAGUUCCCGUCUGGAGACAUCGGCCAGGUUCCAGCAAGAGAUCCCGAUGUUUCGGACAUACUCAAGUAUGGUAUCGUCAGAGGGAAUGCCAAUAAUCAUCUGAUCUUGAACGUAAGCACGGGAGGCAUUCGACUUCAUCCGAGACUAAAUGGAACUACCAUUCCACAGACCAUUGAAAUGGGAAUUCAAGUAUCAGGUGGGUGCAAUAACUCUUAUUGAUUCAUUUAUCUUGUGAGCAUUUUGCGUUUUGCAAAAAGUUUGUCAGUGCUUAAGCUUUUUCAAAUUUAGUUUUUAAAAGCUUAUUGGAUAUGGCAAAUCUACCACAAAGUAACAACUAUGGAAUCCAACAAAUAAGUCAAAAUCAACAACUGGACAUUCUUUUUACCACUUCUACAUAUAGCAUCAUAUAA